AUGGUUCAGGUACCCAUGAAUACAACGGCUUCGAGCUCGACCAUGAGAGCCUCACCUUCCAUCGGUACACCAAAUGGCAGCUCAAGUUCCAAUCGAGGAAAAUCAAAUGGAAAUGGCAAUGCUUCCAAUCCAGCUGCGGCGCCUACAGCUUUGAGUGCGAUGAUCUCUCCACCUUUGGAUUUGACCAGCGUAGAGAGGAGGGGACAGCCGACGGCCAGCCGAGAAAAUCCAAAAAAGAUGCGUCCUCAUGGUUUGGAAGAAGCCCCAACCUAUAGACCAACGGCAGAAGAGUUCAAAGAUCCCUAUGCAUACAUUCGAAGUAUUGCGCCAGAAGCUGGAAAAUAUGGCAUUUGUAAAGUUAUUCCACCAGAUUCCUGGAAACCAGAGUUUGCGAUCGACACCGAGCGUUUUCACUUCCGCACGCGCAAACAAGAAUUAAAUUCAGUCGAAGGCAGCACACGAGCGAAUCUUACGUAUCUCGAUCAACUUGCUAAAUUCCAUAAACAACAUGGCACAAAUCUCAAUCGGUUUCCUAGUGUCGAUAAACGACCUCUCGACUUGUACAAACUUAAGAAGGCCGUUGAUACCAGAGGCGGAUUUGAGAAAGUCUGCAAGCUUAAGAAAUGGGCUGAAAUCGGGAGAGAUUUAGGAUACAGUGGGAAGAUAAUGUCCUCAUUAUCGACGUCAUUGAAGAACUCAUAUCAAAGAUGGUUGCAUCCUUACGAAGAAUACCUACGAUUGGCCAAACCAGGAGUACAUCAACAACUAGAAUAUGAAUACGGAGGACCACUUACACCAUCUCCUGCAAACUCGCCGAUGAAGAGAUCAGUACAACAUACACCAUCGAGUCUGAGGGGUGAAUCUCCUGCGAUGCGCGCAUCGGAUGCUUUGAACACAAGUGUAAUGAAGGAGGAGUUCGAAAAGAGCAUGAAGAAUAUUCCGAUGUUAGAUGCUCCGGUUGUACCAAAGUCACAAGCUACAUCUAGUUUUACUCCGGUGAAUGCUGGCGGGUUUACAGCUGUCAACUCUACACCUUCAUCAUUUACACCUGUCAAUAAUAAUCGCCGUGAACGAGAGUCAAGCGCUACUUUUACACCAACGCCAAGAAGACCAUUCGAUAGUCCGAUUUCAUCAGCUAAAAACACCCCCGAGUAUAAACCAUCUGCGCUGAGUUCAGCUCCGGUAUUGAAUGGUUUUACUUCUAAUCCAUUACUCAAGAGACAAUUAAGUCAUGAAAGUUUGGAUUCGGGUAAAGGGAGUCAACCACCGGAAGAUUCAGACAAUGGUGGAAGACGUAGCAAACGACUUAAGAAAGAUGCUGUACCAACUGUGGCUGGAUCACAUAUGACCCAAUUUCGACCAACACCACCUAGAAAUCCAGGAGAACGUGGAUCCUCAACACCUGGGGAGAAAUGUGAGACUUGCGGCAAGGGUGAUGAUGCUGAUAAAAUCCUGAUUUGCGAAUCUUGCGAUUAUGGUCAUCAUAUGCAAUGUCUUGAUCCUCCCGUGACCCAUAAACCAGAUUUUGAUUGGCAUUGUCCUAGAUGCUUAGUUGGAGAUGGUCAAUUUGGAUUCGAAGAGGGUGGAAUCUACUCACUAAAGCAGUUUCAAGAAAAGGCAGCAGACUUCAAGGAAGGAUACUUCCAAAACAAAAUGCCAUUUGAUCCCGUUCUCAAUUGCCCUCGACCAGUUACGGAAGAUGACAUUGAAAGAGAAUUCUGGAGAUUGGUUGCGAGCCUAGAAGAAACUGUCGAGGUUGAAUACGGUGCUGACAUUCAUUCAACUACACACGGAAGUGGAUUUCCUACCCUGGAAAGACAACCACAAAAUCCCUACUCUACCGACCCCUGGAAUUUGACGAAUAUGCCACUUCAUGGAGAAUCCCUAUUCAGACAUAUCAAAUCGGAUAUCUCCGGUAUGACUGUACCUUGGUUGUACGUUGGAAUGAUCUUUUCGACUUUUUGCUGGCACAAUGAAGAUCACUACGCAUAUUCCGCAAAUUAUCAACAUUUCGGAUCAACAAAGACUUGGUACGGGAUUCCAGGGGAAGAUGCCGAGAAAUUCGAAGACGCCAUGCGAGAAGCUGUACCCGAAUUAUUUGAAACACAACCUGACUUAUUGUUUCAAUUGGUCACAUUAUUGACCCCAGAACAAUUGAAGAAAGCAGGCGUCAGAGUGUAUGCUUUGGAUCAAAGAGCUGGUCAAUUCGUCAUCACCUUUCCUCAAGCAUACCAUGCUGGAUUUAACCAUGGUUUUAAUUUCAAUGAAGCCGUUAAUUUCGCACCCACGGACUGGGAACCAUUCGGGGAUUCUGGAGUUGAGCGCCUUCAACAGUUCAGACGACAGCCAUGCUUUUCCCAUGAUGAACUCUUAUGGACUGCAGCUGAAGGUGCGGCAACUGGCGGUGUUACCAUUCAGACCGCCAAAUGGCUAGCCCCUGCUCUUGGACGACUUCGCGAUCGAGAGGUUUCACAAAGAAAAGAUUUCACUGAUAAACACAAAGAAGAUGGUCAUACAUGUGUCAUUACUGAUGUCAUUGAAGGUGCUGGUCCCAGGUGUCAGAUUGGAUUCCAGAUCGAUGAAGAAGAUGUACCAGAGGAGGAGUAUCAAUGCACUCACUGCAAAGCUUAUGCGUAUAUCUCAAGAUUCAAGUGCAACAAGAGUGGCAAGGUGCUGUGUCUUCUCCAUGCGGGUACUUAUGAAUGUUGCGAUAUCACCGAAGCAGAAAGAUUUGCGGGUACUGACCAUACUCUUCAUUACCGUCGUACAGAAGAAGCCAUUUCAAGUAUGCACCAAAAGGUCGCUGAUAAAGCAGGUUUGCCUGAAAUCUGGGAAGAAAAAGUGGAAAAGUUUCUCGAAGAAGAUGCGACUCCAUCGUUGAAAACUUUGCGGACCCUUUUGAAUGAAGGAGAGCGCAUCCCGUAUGAUUUACCAUCCCUCCCUUCACUCAAGAAAUUUGUUGAUCGUUGUAACGAAUGGGUGGAAGAAGCAACAAACUACACCGUUCGAAAACAGCAAAACCGACGAAAGAACGAAAAGGCCUGGCGCAAGGGCAGUAGAGCCGCAGAAAUGGAAGAAAGGGACCGUGAAUUAAGAAAAUUCGAAAACGUUGUCAAGUUAUUGAAAGAUGCGGAUAGAAUUGGCUUCCAUUGUCCAGAAGUUGAUCAAUUACGAGAGCGAGCGGAUGCCAUCACGAAGUUCCAGACCGAUGCCAGAGCGGCUUUAGCCCACCCAAGUUCACGUCGUACGACUGAGUUUGAAGAACUUCUAGAAGUUGGACGAGGAUUCAAUGUCGACAUGGUCGAGAUUGAUAAGCUUGAGAAGGAAGUUCAACAAAUGAAGUGGAAUGAUCGAGCCCGUGAUAAUCGUGGAAUCUUUCUCUCUCUAAAGGAGGUCAGCGAUAUCAUCGACGAAGCUACAAAACUUCAAGUUUCCGACUAUAACGAUUACUUGAGCUAUUACAAGGAACAAAAGAUCGCUGGUAUGAAUUGGGAAAUCAAAGCCAAAGAAGUUAUUGGUGCAGAGACUGUUCACUAUCCACAGUUGGAAGCUUUGUCUCAACAAGCUCAGGCUGCGUCGCUACCUGUAUCACAAGAAACAUUGGCUAAGGUUGAUCAAAUCCUGAACAAGCAUCGAGAAGUUCAUAAACAGAUCGUUUCGCUAUAUGACCGUUGUAGGGAUCCCGAUUUCAUGAAACGUCCUGCCUAUGCGGAGGUCGCUCUUCUUCAAAAGGAACUCCAAGGAUUGGGCAGUAAACCAAGCGGUACUCUUGAUUUGGAAAAAGAAAUCAAGCGACAUGAGGAUUGGAUGCGAGAAGGGAAGAAAUUAUUCGGCAAGGCAAAUGCCCCUCUACAUAUUCUCAAACAACAUAUGGAGUAUGUUAUGGAACGAAAUGUGGAUUGCUUCGAUAUCAGUCAGGAUAAACCACGACUUCCGGCUGAACCGUUAUCUCGCGAACCUUCUCCUUCAAAUGAAAAAUUACACAGUUGGGAAGAUCCAAGAUUUCGGGAGGUAUUCUGUAUUUGUCGAAGGAUUGAAGCCGGUAUGAUGAUUGAGUGUGAGCUUUGUCAUGAAUGGUACCAUGGCAAAUGCUUAAAGAUUGCUCGUGGUAAAGUUAAGGAUGAUGAUAAAUAUACCUGUCCCAUAUGUGAUUGGCGUGUAAAGAUUCCUCGCGAUGCGGCUAGACCAAAGCUCGAAGAUCUACAAACAUGGCAAGAUAAGAUUCCGUCAUUACCAUUCCAGCCAGAUGAAGAGGCUAUCCUCGAAUCAAUCAUAAACAAUGCUCAGGAAUUCCGAAAUCAUAUUGCACCCUAUUGCAAUCCAGUCAUGUCAACAGCAGACGAAUCUGAAACCCAACGAUUCUAUUUACGAAAGAUUGAAGGUUCAGAAAUCUUACUUGCCUAUGAAACCAACUUCUUUAGACAAGAACUUCACAAAUGGUCACCAGUCGCGCCAGAUCCUCCGCCAGUACUUGAAUCUUCGAAAUCAACACGAAAGCCUAGACCAACAAAACUUCAAAAGUUGAUGGCACAGCAUGGUGUUAAUGACCCCGAAGCUUUGCCACAAAAUUUGAGAACCAAACCUCAUAACUUCAAAAGGAAGAGUAGUGAGCCUAGUGGAAGUCGACCAAUGCCUUUGCAACCUGCCCCAGGAAGAUCACAGCCUGGGACCCCUACCACUCAUAGUUUUGGAACUAGUUCUGGACCAAACAUGGCAACUAUGGGUUCACAUGGUCCGAUUCUAAGUGGUCUCCCAAGUGCUCAUGAUCAUGCGCAUCCUUAUGCAUCUUACGGCCACGAUCCGUAUACCAGCAUGGCGGCUUCGGCAAAUCCAUCUCCGGCUUUUGCACCACAUGCUUAUCUGAAUGCAAACGGUACCCCUACAUUCGGACAUGCAUCUCCUCAACAACCAAAUAUUUUCAGUGAGGCAGGAUUGUCAAGGAUGGAUCCUUCUGUUUCACUCCAUAGUCCAAUGAGAGAUAACUUUGUGAUGGGCGUUAGUAAUGUUGGUCACACUCCUCUAGGUGUUACUGCUGGCGAAGACAAACUUUUGGGAGAUAGGAUGUUUGAACAACUUACGAAUGUCAGUGGAGAUGAGGAGCCGAUCGGGAAUAAAGAGUCAACAUCGAUUGAUAGGAAACCAAUAGAUGAUGAUAAAGAUUCAGCCGACGCGACUAAAUGGGACGUGGAAAAUAAUAAUAUCGAGUUAUUCUUCGAUGCACCUUGA